GGGAGUCGACGUAGUCCAGGAACUGGGCGUAGCUUCGGUUACUGUGGUAGCGGGGACGCUUAGGCAGGGCCUGAGCCCAGUUUAGAGGCCAAUGCUCCUCCCGUCCUUUGCAUGGCACCCAAGAAAGAGAAAGGCGGGACUGUGAACACCAGUUCUAAGAUAUGGGAACCCUCGCUCAUAGCUGCACAGUUCAAUCAGAACGACUGGAAGGCCUCCAUUGCUUUUAUGGUUGGGAACCAAAUUGAAGAUGAUCUUCUCAUCCAAGCCCUUACCCUGGCUGUCCAGGUCCCUCAGCGUAAACUCUUCAGUAUGGUAUCCUGGCAAGACAUUUUCCAGCAGAUUAAUGAAAUAAAUACACUUGUUGGAUCUGCUUCAUCUAAAAAGGCAAAAAAACCUGUAGGUGGUAAUGUUCCUUUAUAUUAUGAGGUGUUAAUGGCAGCAAAAGCAAUUAUGGAUAGCGGAGAGAAAUUAACCUUACCACUGAUAGGGAAACUCUUGAAAUUUCAACUUCUCCAGAUUAAAUUUAAGGACCAACAGCGACGGGAAAAUGAAAAGAAGGUAAUAGAAGACAAACUUAAGUUAGAAAAGGAUAAAGGGAAAGCAAAAUCUCCUAAGGAGAAAAAGGCUCCAAGUGCCAAGUCUGCCAAAGGAAAGGGAAAAGAUCAGCCUGAGGCCAAUGCACCAGUGAAAAAGACCACCCAGUUAAAACGGAGAGGAGAAGACGACGACACCAAUCGUUACAUAGACGAUGAGCCAGAUGAUGGUGCCCAACAUUACAUUAUAGUCGUGGGCUUCAACAAUCCUCAGCUAUUAGCAAUUAUGGCUGAGCUUGGCAUUCCUAUAACCAGCGUGAUUAAAAUAUCUUCAGAGAAUUAUGAACCUCUGCAGUCACACCUGGCAGCAGUUAACCAGCAGCAGGAAGUUCUUCUUCAGCCAGAAGAUCUAGAAGCAGAAAAAUUGAAGAAAGAAAAUGCCAUAAAAGAGCUUAAAACUUUCUGGAAGUACUUGGAACCAAUCCUGAAUAAUGAGAAACCUGAAACAAAUCUCUUUGAUGUUGCUAGACUUGAAUACAUGGUCAAAGCAGUUGAUUUUCCUUCUGACUGGUCAGAUGGCGAGAUAAUGCUGAAAUUGGGCACUGAUAUCUUUGAAAAUAUUGCCUGUCUGAUGUAUGACGUCCUGGAUUGGAAAAGACAGCACCAGCACUAUUUGGAAAGUAUGCAGCUUAUUAAUGUUCCACAAGUGGUUAAUGAGAAACCUGUAUUAGAAGCCAUGCCAACUUUGGAGGCUCCACAACCUGCUGUACCAACUCCUGGAAAGAAGAAAACACAGUAUGAAGAACCACAAGCUCCACCACCAGUGACUUCAGUCAUCACAACUGAAGUAGACAUGAGAUACUAUAAUGAUUUGCUGAAUCCGAUUCCAGAGGAAUUCAUUUCUGUGCCCCUGAUACUGCAUUGUAUGCUAGAACAGGUUGUGGCAACUGAAGAAGAUCUUGUCCCACCCAGUCUGCGGGAGCCAUCCCCCAGAGCAGACGGGCUAGACCACAGAAUCGCAGCUCACAUUGUGUCCCUUCUGCCCUCACUCUGUCUCUCAGAGAGGGAGAAAAAGAAUCUUCAGGAAAUAUUUUUAUCUGAAGAAGAAAAUGAAAGCAAAGCAGUGCCCAAAGGCCCCCUCCUACUGAACUAUCAUGAUGCACACGCCCACAAGAAGUACACACUGAAGGACCAAAAGAAUUUUGAUCCAGUUCAAAUUGAGCAGGAGAUGCAGUCCAAGUUGCCACUGUGGGAAUUCCUUCAAUUCCCUCUACCCCCACCAUGGAACAACACUAAACGUCUAGCUAUGAUUCAUGAGCUUAUGCACUUUUGUACGAGUGAUGUCUUGAGCUGGAAUGAAGUAGAACGAGCCUUCAAGGUGUUUACUUUUGAGAGCCUGAAGCUCUCUGAGGUUGAUGAAAAUGGGAAACUAAAGCCUUCUGGGAUGAUGUGUGGGUCAGAUUCUGAAAUGUUUAACAUACCAUGGGACAACCCUGCCAGAUUUGCUAAACAGAUAAGGCAUCAAUAUGUCAUGAAAAUGAACAAUCAAGAGGACAAGCAGAAAGCAGAUAUUAAAAUCAAAGACAGAACAAUAUUUUUGGAUCAGAAUUUGUCAACGUCUGUGCAAGAUAAUGAGAGCAACCAAGAACCUUCAGAUCCUAGUCAGUGUGAUGCUAACAAUAUGAAGCAUUCUGACUUGAAUAAUCCCGGACUCUCAGUCCCUGAUAAUAGACAGCUGUUAGAGCAGGAGAGCAUCAUGAAGACUCAACCCCAACAUGAGUCUCUGGAGCAGACCACAAACAAUGAGAUCAAAGAUGAUGCAGUCGCAAAGGCUGAUUCUCAUGAAAAGAAAUCCAAGAAGAUGAUGGUGGAAGCAGAUUUAGAGGACAUAAAGAAAACACAGCAGCGCAGUCUAAUGGACUGGAGUUUUACUGAACAUUUUAAACCGAAAGUACUGCUUCAGGUCCUUCAAGAAGCCCAUAAGCAAUAUAGGUGUGUUGAUUCUUACUACCACACCCAAGACAACUGUUUACUUUUAGUCUUUCACAAUCCAAUGAAUAGACAACGUUUGCAUUGUGAAUAUUGGAACAUUGCUCUUCACUCCAAUGUUGGAUUCAGGAAUUAUUUGGAACUUGUUGCAAAAUCUAUUCAAGAUUGGAUUACAAAAGAAGAAGCUAUAUAUCAGGAAUCUAAAAUGAAUGAGGAAAUCAUCAGGACCAAAGCUGAGCUGGAAUUGAAAUCUGCUAAUGCCAGACUUACUUCUGCUAGCAAAAUCUUUUCCCUUAAAAAAUCUAAAAGUUACAAAGGAAUCAGCAAAACAGAGAUAUCAGAUCAAGAAAAAGAAAAAGAGAAGGAAAAGAUUCCUUUCAUUUUAGAAGGCUCUCUCAAGGCAUGGAAAGAAGAGCAAGAUCGAUUAGCAGAAGAGGAGCGCUUAAGGGAAGAAAAGAAAGCAGAGAAGAAGAGCAAAGAAGCUGGUAAAAAGAAAGGCAAGGAUAACGUAGAGAAAGAAGAUAGUAGGUCUUUGAAGAAAAAACCAUCUCACAAGGAGAAAUCUAAAGAAGAACCAAUCAAGGUCCAAGAAGUAAUAGAAGAGUCCCCCCACCAACCAGAACCUGAGAUAACUUACUCAUUUCACGGAUACAAUAUGGGAAAUAUACCUACUCAAAUCUCGGGGUCAAAUUACUACCUGUAUCCUUCUGAUGGUGGGCAGAUUGAAGUGGAAAAGACAAUGUUUGAAAAAGGCCCAACUUUUAUCAAAGUGAGAGUGAUAAAGGACAAGCACAAUUUUAUAAUUCAUUUAAAUGACCCUAAGGAAAUUGUGAAAAAGGAAGAGAAAGGGGACUAUUAUUUAGAAGAGGAAGAAGAAGAAGAUGAGGAACAAAAUCUUGAAACAGAAGUAUCAGAUGCAAAGAAUAAAGCUUUCAGCAAGUUUGGAUCUUUUUCUGCCACCUUAGAAAAUGGAAUCUGCCUCUCAAUAAGUUACUAUGGAUCAAAUGGAAUGGCACCAGAAGAUAAGGAUCCUAAUUUAGAAACAAUAUUGAAUAUCCCUUCAGCACUCACUCCAACAGUGGUUCCUGUUAUAGUGACCGUUCCUCAAAGCAAAACUAAAGGGAAAAUAAAAGGCAAAGAAAAACCCAAAGAAUCUCUUAAAGAAGAAGAGCACCCAAAAGAAGAAGAGAAAAAGGAAGAAGUAGAACCAGAACCUGUUUUACAAGAGAAUUUCGAUGUUCCCAUCUUCCAAAGCCUAAAUGUGUCUUGCCCCAGUGGGCUCCUGUUGACUUUCAUUGGGCAAGAAUCUACAGAUCAAUGUGUUAUAGAUGAGGAACCCACCUGGGACAUCAUGGUCCGUCAGAGCUACCCCCAGAGGGUGAAGCACUAUGAGUUCUAUAAAACGGUGAUGCCACCCGCAGAGCAGGAGGCUUCAAGGGUUAUCACCAGUCAAGGCACUGUUGUCAAAUAUAUGUUGGAUGGAUCCACACAGAUUCUCUUUGCAGAUGGUGCUGUGAGCAGUAGUCCCAAUUCAGGUCUUAUUUGUCCUCCUGAAAUGCCAGCAACCCCUCACAGUGGAGAUUUGAUGGACUCUAUUUCUCAGCAGAAAUCAGAAACGAUACCGUCUGAGAUUACCAACACAAAGAAAGGAAAAAGUCACAAAAAUCAGUCAUCAAUUGCCCAUAAGGGUGAAAUCCAUGACCCUCCUCCAGAGACAGUUCAAACUGUAACUCCUGUGGAUGUUCACAUAGGCACUUGGUUUACAACCACACCUGAAGGAAAUCGGAUUGGCACCAAAGGAUUAGAAAGAAUAGCAGACUUGUCCCCAUUAUUAUCCUUUCAGGCCACAGAUCCUGUCAAUGGAACGGUUAUGACAACUCGAGAAGACAAAGUUGUCAUAGUUGAAAGGAAAGAUGGGACUCGGAUAGUGGAUCAUGCUGAUGGUACCAGGAUCACAACCUUUUAUCAAGUUUAUGAAGAUCAAAUUAUUCUGCCAGAUGAUCAAGAAACAACCGAAGGUCCUCUGACUGUCACCAGGCAGGUGAAGUGUAUGCGGGUAGAAAGCUCACGCUAUGCCACUGUUAUCACCAACUGUGAGGACAGUAGCUGCUGUGCCACCUUUGGAGAUGGAACAACUAUAAUUGCAAAGCCACAGGGAACAUACCAGGUGUUACCUCCAAACACAGGCUCUCUUUAUAUUGACAAGGAUUGUUCAGCUGUGUACUGCCAUGAAUCAAGCAGUAAUAUAUACUACCCUUUUCAAAAGCGUGAACAGCCGAGAGCUGGCAGGUACAUCAUGAGACAUACUUCAGAGGUUAUCUGUGAGGUUCUGGAUCCUGAGGGAAACACUUUUCAGGUCAUGGCUGAUGGUAGCAUAUCAACUAUAUUACCUGAAAAAAAAUUGGAAGAUGAUUUAAAUGAAAAACCUGAGGGCUAUGAUAGUCUAUCCUCUAUGCACCUUGAAAAGAAUCAUCAGCAAAUCUAUGGUGAACAUGUCCCCAGGUUUUUCGUUAUGUAUGCUGAUGGAUCAGGAAUGGAACUUCUUCGAGACAGUGACAUAGAAGAAUAUCUAUCUUUGGCAUAUAAAGAACCAAAUACUGUUGUUCUCCAAGAGCCAGUGCAGGAACAGCCAGGCACCCUGACCAUCACAGUCCUUCGCCCUUUCCAUGAAGCAUCACCAUGGUUAAUAAAAAAGGAAGAUACAAUUGUCCCUCCUAAUCUCCAGUCAAGGUCAUGGGAAACAUUUCCCUCAGUUGAGAAAAAAACUCCAGGACCUCCGUUUGGCACUCAGAUUUGGAAAGGCCUUUGUAUUGAGUCCAAACAGCUAGUGAGUGCCCCACGUGCCAUACUCAAGAGCCCCAGUGUGCUACAGAUGCGCCAGUUCAUUCAGCAUGAGGUCAUAAAGAAUGAGGUGAAACUGAGGCUGCAGGUUUCCCUUAAGGAUUACAUAAACCAUAUUCUGAAGAAAGAAGAUGAGCUGCAGGAAAUGAUGGUUAAAGAUUCCAGAACUGAGGAGGAGAGAGGCAAUGCCGCUGAUCUCCUCAAGCUGGUUAUGUCUUUCCCUAAAAUGGAGGAAACUACAAAAAGUCAUGUUACUGAAGUUGCAGCUCACCUAACUGAUUUAUUCAAGCAAUCUUUGGCUACGCCUCCAAAAUGUCCAUCAGACACAUUUAAGAAAGAUUUCUUUGAAAAGAAAUGGAGGCACACAGCAUCCUCAAAACGCUGGAAAGAAAAGAUAGACAAAACGAGGAAGGAAAUUGAGACAACACAAAAUUAUCUAAUGGAUAUUAAGAACCACAGAGUACCACCCUUUUUUAAGUCUGAAUUGCACCAGUUAUAUCAGUCUCAGUUUAAUCAUCUGGACAGUCUUUCCAAAAAACUGCCUCCUUUUACAAAGAAAAAUGAAGAUGCAAAUGAAAUGGCUGUUCAAGAUACAUCUGAUCUUAAUCUAGAUUUCAAGCCACGUAAGGUUUCAGAACAGAAGUCCUCAAGUGUGGCUAGCCUUCCAAAACCAGAAAUUUCUGCGGCUAAGAAGGAUUUCACUGCUCAGAACCAAACAGAAAAUUUAACAAAAUCUCCUGAAGAACCAGAAUCUUAUGAGCCUGUGAAAAUUCCAACCCAGUCCUUGCUGCAGGAUGUUGCGGGACAAGCAAGAAAAGAAAAAGUGAAGUUGCCUCGUUAUUUGCUGAGUUCCAAGCCUAAGUCUCAACCUCUUGCAAAGGUGCAAGAUUCUGUUGCAGGAAAAGUGAACACAUCCUCUAUUGCAUCUGCCGCCAUUAAUAAUGCACAGUCAUCCCCUUUUGGGUUCCAUCUUCUCCCGUCAUCAGUGAAGUUUGGAGUGCUUAAGGAAGGACAUACCUAUGCCACAGUUGUAAAGCUCAAGAAUGUUGGAGUGGACUUCUGCAGGUUUAAAGUAAAGCAGCCCCCACCCAGCACAGGACUGAAAGUGACUUACAAACCUGGACCCGUGGCAGCUGGUUUGCAGACAGAACUGAAUAUAGAGUUAUUUGCCAUGGCUGUUGGAGAGGAUGGGGCCAGGGGAUCAGCACACAUCUCUCACAAUAUUGAAAUUAUGACUGAGCAUGAGGUUCUGUUCCUACCUGUGGAAGCAACAGUUUUAACAGGCAUCAAUUAUGAUAAGCGACCAAAAGACUUUCCCCAGGGAAAAGAAAAUCCAAUGGUCCAGAGAACUUCUGCAAUUCAUUCCUCCACACUUGGAGUCUUCAUGUCUCGUAAAGUUUCUCCACAUUAGACCUAUGAAACUGAAAAACAAGUUACCAGCUUCCAGAAUACAAUGGUGGGACCACCACAGGAUGCGAAUUCCCAUGCCAAAAGGGAGAAGACGGAAGAAAUAAAGGAGUCACUGGUCUACAGCAACUUUGCAACCCAGAAGAGCAAAUUCCAUUAGACUCCAAGGACUGAGAAUAGGUGGCACCAUCUGCCCUGUAUGCCCAUGGAGGCUCCACCAAUCCCAGCCUCUAGGCCCUCAAAGACUCCACUGGCCCCACCCUCUGAGCCCUCAGCUUCGGCCCUCUGCAACAGUCCUACCCUCUGGGCAGCCCGUUUCCUGCUUACAGAAUUCCAGAAAUCUGACAGCCUUUCUUCAUUUUGUACUCUCUCUCUCUCUCCUUCAGUCCAAGCUGUCAGUGUUUCUGCUGAUACAACAUUCUCAUCCUCCCUAAUCUAACCUCAUCUUAACUAACUACAUUUGUAAAGACUCUAUUUCCAAAUAAGGUCACAUUCACAGAAUCCAGGUGGACAUGAAUUUUCAGGGAACAGUAAUCAACCCCAAACAUAUAUUUUAAUAUUGCAGUUUUGGACUACACUCUGGGAACCACUAAAUUAGGACAUAGUUUAUUUCAGUUCUCGGCAGCGACUUUCAGAAGUUAGCCCAAACUCAGAAGUGUACAGUCUGCAUCUCUAGCUAGACAAUUCUGAAAACUAUGGAAUAGCUCUCAAAGAUUGAUAAUUCCUGUUGGCACCAAUCUAUCAAAAGUAAUUCAUGAAUCUACCGAAUAGAUGAAAUGUCUUAAAUAAUGUCUUUAUGCCUCUUUGUGCAUAUUAUUGCAGACUUAAUGAGAUUAAAUAGAUGCAGUAACAGUAGUAACUUUAAGCACUUCACAAUAACUGUGUGGGUAGGUGCUAUUCUACCCAUUUUAUAAAUAAGGAAAAGGUUAGGUAAUUUGCUCUAUAGAAGCUGUAUUAGUUAUGUGUUGCUAUAUCAUAAACCACCCCAAAACAGUGGCUUAAAACAAUAAACAUUUAUGAUCUCAUAGCUUGAGUCAGGAAUCAGGCACAGCUCAGUGGGGUCUUCUGGCUCAACUGGGGAUGAAUCUGCUUUCAAGCUCACUCAAGCAGCAGUCAGCAGGAUUCGGUUUCUUGCAGGCUGUUAAGACUGCGGGCCAUGGCUCCUCACUGGCUAUUGUCUGGAGACUGCCACUCGGUUCCUCACCAUGUAGGCCUCGCUUUAGGGAAUCUCACAACAUGGCAGCUUGGUUCAUCAGAACAAGCAAGCAAGCAUGAAGAGCCAGAGUGUGAACACAGUAGAAUUCAGUGCUUUAUAACGUAAUCUUGGAAGAGACAGCCCGUUACAUUUGCUGUAUUCUGUUCACUAGAAGCCAGUCACUAGGUCCGACCCCAUACUCAAGGGGAAGGGAUACACAAGGGCAACACUGUGAGGCCCUAUAUAAGAGUUGGGCUCAGUGACUGUUACACAAUGUGUACUAUGUUCUAAAAACAUACCACGGCUGCUUGGAUCCCAAAAACCUCAGAAAUAAAGAGAAAGGACUUGAAUAUAUGGUGAUACUACCUUUAAGAACCUUAGCCCCAUCUCAAACUUAGGAUCCUAAAUUAUGAGGAAUGGGGUUGGAUUGCAGAUGGUACCUGUAAGCCCAUGUGGUUUCUUCAUUAAGCUUCUGCUCACAGCCUCCCUCUCUUUCUGAAGACUAACCUGGCCUGAAAAGGCUGCAUUGAGCAGGCUCAUCAUUUACAGUUGAUAAGUGAAUAGAGUCCUAUAUAUAGUCCUGUACCUACCAACAGAUACCAUUGCUUUCCUGGGCACUGUCCUAGAUCUGUGCUAGAGAUUUGCUAGAUUUCUUUAGAAUGAGAUAUGAUUUAUGACAUUUGCCAUUGAGAAACAAUUUAAUGCCAAAUAUACAAAGCACCUAGCUUCCAGCCAGUGAAUUUCAAAAUUGUUAAGCAUAUUUUCCCUAAGUGGAUGGAUAUAUACAUUAAAAAAAAAAGCCUAAAUGUUUUACUCCCAAUAAACAAUUCAAGAGCCUUUUUUUUUUUAAAUGGAGUCUCGCUCUGUUGCCCAGACUGGAGUGCCAUGACACAAUCUCAGCUCACUGCAAUCUCAAAAGGCUUUUCUUUAUGGUACUACAGAAUUUCUGCAGGUAACUUACUUCACAAUAUGCAAGAGAUAUUAGUCAUUAAAUAGUUUUUAUAUUAAGGAUUAUAUACAGCCAAUGGCUAAGGCAACGAAUACUGACUUAAUGACUAGAAAUGUGCUUGGCCUAAAAUUUACUUUAUAAUGCACCUGUUGACCUUAAACUUUUAGGGUUAAAGAGUUUCAAGUAUUUUGACCAAAAGUUGUAACUUAGCUAGGUUCUGUACAUGUCACUUUAUCAUAAAAGUUCCCCUUCUCUUUGAUUUGCAUAACACUUAGCAGACAGAAACAUCUUUACAUUCCCUAGCACUAUCAGGCUUUUGAAUUAUAAAUGGUGGCAAAGCUAUGGGAAAACAGCAACUUUUAACAUAAGAGGAAUUAUUAAUGAUGUAUACAUCUAGAAUGCCCUCCUGGAACUUGUUUUGGUUUGGAAACCAUCAAAAAUGUUACUAGAAAGUGACAUUUAUGUUCUGAUGAGCAACUCUAAGAACAACAUUGAUUCAACCUCUGUUCUCAUAAAAAUUAAAUUAUUUUUCAAGAAUUAACUCCUCUCCCUGGUGGCAGAAAUAGCUGCCUAAACAACACUGACUCCUUGGAAAGCACCUAGAACACAUUAUCCUGCCUGCCUAUUCUCUUGCCUUUCAUAGUUAUGCCUUCAGAAACUCUAUGCCAAAAUUCACUUAUUUAUUCUGCCCGACAAAUAACACCACUGCAUUCCUUACUUCCCUUCAGUGACUGUGUUAUGCUCAAGAACAUUAAGACUUGUGGUUUGGGACACAAAUCGCCACGCCACAAGAACUGCAGCUCUGAGCCUGAAAAGAAAAUGGUGGCCCCACAACACAGUAACUUGGCUGAAAUGACCAAAUUCACAGACAGAUAGAAACCAUUGUUUUAAGUCUUUGGGAUUAAUAACAACAAAAAGGAUAAAAAGCAAAACUGUCUGAAGAAGAUACAGAACAUCUAAACAGGCCUAUAACAAGGAGUAUGAUUUAGUCAUUUAUAAACUUCCCCAAAAGAAAAGCCCAGACCCACAGGUAUCUGUUAAUAUCUUUUCCUAGAACAUUCCUACUUCCCCAAAUCCUUAACAUUAAGAUAUACAGUAGACAAUUCAUUGAAAAACAUGGGUUUGAACCACAUGGCUCCACUUUUGUACAGAUUUCUUUUACUAUUAUUAUUUUGGAGAUGGAGUCUCGCUGUGUUGCCCAGGCUGGAGUAAUGGUGGCACAG